CGUCCGGCAACCGGCGCAGAGGAUAAAGCGAGCGGAGGGAGGCGGGGAUGGGAGUUCGAUCCCGGGAGAGGGAAACACAUCGGCGGCAGCCGAGGCGGUGCUGCUCAUUUAGCGGUGCGGAGUAAAAUUGCUCUGGAAAGGCAGCAGAAGGAUUCUGCAGAUCAGAUUUUCUUCAGAUUCGCACUGACGUGCUGUCGCCAAGAAUUGAAGACUUUAGUUGCCAUUUGACAAGAUGAGGCUCCAGGUGAAGUUCCUGAGCGGCGAGGGGUUCGAACUUGACGUCGAUCCUUCCAUCCAAGUGUCGACUCUCAAGGUGAAGAUCCAGGAAAAGACGAAGGUGCCCGAUUUCCAACAACGUCUGCUGAUGCAAAAUGGGCACAACAUGGAGCUGCAGGACAACAGGAGGCUGUGCGACUACAGUCUCCAGCCCAGCCCCACGGUCAUGCUGCUGGUGAGGAAGGAGGAACGCAUGCAGAUAUUCCUCCUGAACGACAAGGGACGAACCUCGACGUACGACGUGCUGCCCUCUGACUCCGUGCGGGAUUUUAAAGUGCGGGUCCAUCGGCAGGAGGGAGUCACACCCGACCAGCAGCGCCUAGUGUAUGAGGGCAAACAGCUGGAGGAUGGCCGGUUGCUCUCCGACUACAAUAUUCGGCCUCACACCACCAUCUCUCUCCUGCUCCGUCUCCGUGGUGCUUGGAGAAAUCAAGUUGUUGAGGGCAGCCCCGAGGACAGGUUUAUUGAUUGUAUACAGGAUGAUGACUCAGAGAAAUACAUUGAAGAACCAAUCAGGGCAGUUUUGGACCUGGACCUGGAAAUGUUAUCAAAGAUACAUUCCAGUGAGAAAGAAGAGCUCUAUGUGAAGGAUGUGCCACCUGUGUCUGACGAAGGAACGCAGGAAAGUGGCGGCGAGCCAUUUGACAAGAUGAGGCUCCAGGUGAAGUUCCUGAGCGGCGAGGGGUUCGAACUUGACGUCGAUCCUUCCAUCCAAGUGUCGACUCUCAAGGUGAAGAUCCAGGAAAAGACGAAGGUGCCCGAUUUCCAACAACGUCUGCUGAUGCAAAAUGGGCACAACAUGGAGCUGCAGGACAACAGGAGGCUGUGCGACUACAGUCUCCAGCCCAGCCCCACGGUCAUGCUGCUGGUGAGGAAGGAGGAACGCAUGCAGAUAUUCCUCCUGAACGACAAGGGACGAACCUCGACGUACGACGUGCUGCCCUCUGACUCCGUGCGGGAUUUUAAAGUGCGGGUCCAUCGGCAGGAGGGAGUCACACCCGACCAGCAGCGCCUAGUGUAUGAGGGCAAACAGCUGGAGGAUGGCCGGUUGCUCUCCGACUACAAUAUUCGGCCUCACACCACCAUCUCUCUCCUGCUCCGUCUCCGUGGUGGUUAAUUUGCUCUUAUGGCCGUUUGAUGGGACGAGUAGAAAAAUAAUUUGACUGUUUUCAUUACAUUCCUAUUUUCUGUUGCUCAGCUUAAAUAAGACUGCUGCACAGUUAUGCUCUAUGCACUUGUUUCUUUAUCCUGCCUCUCCUGUACAUUUUAUAGUAGCAGAGAUUCUGGUCAUCUGUUGGGCUUCAGGGUGAUGCCGGCCCCUUCCUGCACUCUGUGUGGAAAAGAUGGUGGCCGUUUAAAUCUGACACUUUUGCUUAAAUCCAGCUCAGAAGUCUCUCCUGUUACCCUUCUCACUGAGAAGAGCCAAAGUGUAGCCAAUUUUGAAUAUUACAAAAGAACAUUGUGAUAAAAAUAUAGAAAAAAACUAACAUGGUUCCUUAAUGUUUUGAUGUACCCUGCAGCAUUACUGUGUUAAGUUCUAAAUGUAUUGCAAUGUGUUACUGAUACAACAUCCAGUUUAACACAAAAUAAAAGCUGUCCAUUUUUAUUUAAAAAAUAA